AUGAUGGACGAAAGCUUAUCCCGUUUUCCUCUUAAAACGAGGGAGAAGGUCGCGUGGACUGCGUCAACCUGGACGCAUAAAAGCCAAACGGCUGCAGUACAACGCGAUUCAGCCAUCCUCUUCUGACCCUGCGGACCCCUUCUCUCUGUCGCUCCUGCCUACAUAAUCGGCGGCAAUGAUCCGGCACCACUAAGUCAGCAGACGAUAGCUGAGGUGGAGGAAGAGCAGGAGCAGGAACAAGAGCAAGUUGCUGUUGUUUCGAAUGACAGUGCUUUGGGCGCGGCGAUGGUUGCCGGCAUUUUGCAGUCGUCUGCUGUCGCCGUGGUCAGGUUGACUGGUACCAAAGUGCCGAUGCCGUUGAAGUCUGGUAGUUCGAAUCGUCGCGCCGAAGCGAUGAAAGUGCCUCCCAAUUGGUUUGUCCGGAAGCCGACUCCGCCGACUCUACCGACUGCGGUGCCCGAACGACUCGGGCCGCUGGUCGACAGGUCGGACUUCCUUUCUCCCACGGCAUCACAACAGCCCCAGUCGGCAUACUUGCCUGCCUUGGUGGUACCGCAGCAUUCGCCUGGCUACCAUCGCUUCGCAUGGUUGUUCCGAAGGAAGCAGCACCAGCACCAGCAGCGGCCUCGUGAUGAGGCUGAGCAGAUGGGCCGGCAACAGAUGGACAAGGCGACAAAUAUCCUCUUGACGGCAUUAGGGGACAAACCUUCCGGGCGGGAUGAUGAUUCAGUUCUAGAACUAGAACUCAGGAAGGAGGUGAUCCUCGGGGCACGAGACGGACUAGACGGUGGGCACGACCACGACGAAUCGGUAGUCUUUCUUUUCAAUGAACCAACUUCCAUUUGCACUCUUAUUUAG